AUGGGACGACCAGACAGUACACAGGCGCCAAUUCCAGUAUGGGGGGAGUACGACGACGGAAUGCAGUCGAGUGCAGCUCCUCCUCCAUACAGACUCGAAUCGCCAGCAACUUUCAGGACUAUACCAAGCAGAGCAAACUCGCACCAAAAGUACGCUUACGAGAUGUCAUCUCCGAUUAUUUCCUCAAAUCCAUAUGUCAACGCCGGGGAUGCUAGUGCAUCAAGUUCACUCCUCGAGCUUGAUGCUGCAGAAGGCUCAAUACCUCCGUCCGGCGAUACUGGAGUUACUAAUGACGGUCGUAUCGACAUUGAUCUGAAGUCGCGACUCACCAAAACGCUCGUCAAGCUUGUCCCUGAGAAGAACAAAGAGUCAUUUGAGCCCAGCCGCCGGUUAACAACAUACCGAGGCUGGAGUAUAAGGAUGAAUGUCGUCAUUCAGAUAGUGGGCAGUCGUGGUGAUGUACAACCUUUCGUUGCCUUGGGUCAAGAACUACAAAAGUACGGUCAUCGUGUUCGAAUAGCGACCCACAACACGUUCGAGGAUCUCGUCAAGAAGUCAAACCUGGAGUUCUUUCCGAUAGGAGGCGAUCCAAAAGAGCUCAUGGCCUACAUGGUUAAGAACCCUGGACUGAUACCCUCGAUGAAGAGUUUGCGAGAAGGCGACAUCAAGCGUAAACAAAUCAUGAUAUCGGAAAUCCUUGAUGGUUGCUGGAAAUCAUGUGUAGAUGCAGAUCUUGAUUCGAAAGAACCAUUCGUCGCCGAUGCAAUCAUCGCCAACCCACCUAGCUUCGCGCACGUUCACUGCGCACAAGCGCUAGGGGUUCCGCUCCACCUAAUGUUCACCAUGCCGUGGAGUAGCACCAGGGCAUUCCCGCAUCCCCUAGCGAAUUUUAAAAUUGGAGAGAUCGACCCUGCGCUCGUCAAUUACGCAUCAUACGGCAUUGUGGAAUUCCUUACCUGGCAAGGUCUGGGUGCCGUAAUUAAUAAGUUCCGAGCCACUCUAGAUCUGGAACCCGUGCCUACAACAGUCGGGCCUGCGCUUGCAGAGGUGCUAGAGAUACCUUUCACAUACUGCUGGUCACCAGCACUCGUUCCCAAACCCGCGGAUUGGCCUUCGUACAUUGAUGUGUGCGGCUUCUUCUUUCGCGAUCCACCGCCUUACGAGCCUCCAGCAGCAAUCUUCAAGUUUCUCCAAGCCGGUCCGCCACCCAUCUACAUUGGCUUCGGCAGUAUCGUCCUUGAAGACACUACCAAGAUGACUUCGUUGAUUUUGGAAGCUGUGCAACUGUGCGGUGUUCGAGCUGUCGUGUCCAAAGGUUGGAGUAACCUAGGAGAAGGACUCCCUGAAGAGACUGGCGACGUUCUGUUUAUCGGUGACUGUGAUCAUGAAUGGCUGUUCCAGCACGUCACAGCUGUGGUUCAUCAUGGCGGUGCAGGCACAGCUGCUUGUGGACUAAAAAACGCGUGUCCUACCUUGGUAGUGCCGUUCUUUGGUGAUCAGCCAUUCUGGGGAAACAUGAUUGCCGAAGCUGGUGCUGGACCAAGGCCAAUAUCACACAAAUUGCUAUCCAGCCAGAACCUGGUCGAUGCAAUCCAUCUCUGUCUUGCACCCGAGAUGAAGUCUGCAGCUCAGAACAUCUCCUCCCAAAUGGCUGAAGAGCAAGGUCUCAAAGCAGCCGUGCAGUCGUUCCAUGCCAAUCUGCCAUUCGAGGCGAUAGCCUGUAAUGUUCUGCAUGAUCUGCCAGCUGUGUGGGUAUACAAGAAGGCUCCAAUCCGAUUAUCGAAACUCGCAGCACAGAUCCUUCUCGACAAUGGAGUCAUUUCUCCUAAAGACCUCAGCAAUUACCAGACCCAGACAGUGCAUAUCACUGAUCAUCGCUGGGAUCCGAUCACAAGUACUGGCUCUGCAGGCAUGUCGAUCGUUACUAACAUGGGCAGAGCAACGAUCGGUAUGCUUUACGAUCCUUACAAAGAGCUGAAUCGGUCGAAGACCGAAGGAACGAGCGAUUCAGCCCACAACGCCACAACUGCUGGCAGAAUGGCUACCGCAGGAGUGAAGAGUUUCGGAAAAUUCAACAUCGCUCUUUUCAAGGGCUCUAUUGUCGACCUACCCCUUGCAGCAGCUGAAGGUUUCCGAGCUGUUCCAAAGCUAUAUGGAGAAGAAAUCAAGGACCACGGCGAAGUGACAAAUAUCCAGACUGGUUUCGGCAAAGCCGGUAAGAACUUUGCAUUUGGCAUGUACGACGGCUUCUCUGAUCUUUUCGUACGGCCGUACGAGGACGCCAAAAAGGACGGUGCACUAGGAUUUGCGAAAGGUCUCGGCAAAGGCGUACUGGGAUUCACUUCGAAAACGGCUUCCGCUGCUGUCGGCAUCGUCGCGUACCCCGGUGAAGGCAUCUGUAAGAGCAUACGACAUGCAGUAUAUUCGGGUAACAGGAGAGACAUCAAGGCACGCAAGAUGAACGAAGGCGCGUAUCUGGCUCAACGGUCGAAGCUCAACGACGAAGUCAACGGCAUCAUCAAUGCGUUUGAACUCCUCAGAUCUGGACGGGACUGA